AGUCAACCUCAACCAUCAAAAUAAACACGUAAACGUAAUAUUUCAUCCCUUUGCAGUUUAUAUGCAGAAUAAGAUUGAGAAAAAUGGUUAGAACUGUAUAUUCACCAGAAUAUUGCCUGCAGUAUUUAGAACAAUAUGCAUCUCAAGAAAUUUUUGUAACAGGAUUAAUUCUGGGUCAGAUUACAGAUGCCCGAGAGAAUGUUAUACAUUUAGCCCGAACGCCAGAAGAAAAAAGCGGUGAAGCGAUUUCAAACGAUGGUAGCUUUGCCUCAGAGAAACUAGAUCCUGUUAAAAAUUUACUAGGAGUUUCAGAAGCGUGGGUUGCUGAUCAUGCUAAACAUGUUACACGAAUGUUACCCGGUGGAAUGUUUGUUCUGGGUAUAUUUAUUACAAGUGAUGAAGAUGUUUUUGAAGAUCCCAACUAUUUUAGCAAAGUGAAAACAAUAUUGAACUACACUUAUAAAGUACUGAAUACUAAUCAUUUAAUGUUCGCUAACUGCCCACAUUCCAAUGAGAGGUUAAUUUUGCAUAUGUCAACAAACACAAAAGUGUUGACAUGUAAAAGUAUUGAAGUAGGACCCAGUAAGAAUGUUGCCAUUAAACCCGUUGAGUGGAAAUUUUUAUCCAAACCUCAGCAAUGGCAGAGAUUGGAUUGUUACUAUGAGUUUGAUGAAGUUUAUCCCGUGAUUGUAAAGAAAAAUGGUAUAUCUGUUAAACAACAAUUUCAGCAAAUACUGGAAUCAUCUUAUAAAACUAUUGAGUCAAGUGUAAUGUUCCUUGACGGAGAGCUGAAAGAUCCCUCGGAGCAACUUGAACAACUGAUAAAAAAGAAAAAGACAAAGAACAGCUCAAAAACAGUACAAGAUGUUCCCAAGUCUAUGUAUGUGUCAUUAUUUGUGCCUUUUGAGAAUGCUUUACCAGAGACAGUAGAGUAUUUAGAAUGUGAUGGCAGUAUACACUUCAGUGGUAUUGUUGCAUCCAGUGUGUUCAUGUACCCUAAAGCAUCAAUUGCGGAGGCCAUAGCGGCCGUCAAACAAGAUAUUAUACGGUCACUAGCCUCACGCUUUACAAUGCAUUGUGAUGCAUUAAUUGAUGAUAAUUUACUACCUGAAGAGAAAGUGUGUUUCAACGAGCCUCCCAGACGUGUGCUAGUACCAGUUGGGUCUCUGUACCUCUGCGACUACUUGUUCCCUGGGGAAGCGCCGGCUGAAGCCCUGCUGUCAGUAAGGGAGCUCCUUGACUUGCAGAUCACGGAGGCAGAUGUUAUCUGUGACAUUGAGACUCCUGCUGAUACAUCAGAGUUUGAUGCACUUGAUAGAGACACAAGCAGCGAGGAGUUGUUAGCGACUCCGCAAGAAGCUAGCCAGUUUAUGUACAUAACAGGCAUUUCUUUUGCGUUCUUAGUGUUGGUUGUGUCAAUUUUUAUCCACUACUAUGACAGUAUUGCAGAAUUCAUGCGUAAAUUAUUAACUAUAUCGUGAAAUAAUAUCAUGUAUCUCUUUGUACUGUCUACAUAUUAUAAUGUUAUAACACAAUAAAUGUUUAUUUUCAAU